AUGGAUAUGCUGCUUUUUGUGCAUGGUCUGGUAUUGGCAAUUGCGGCAGCAGCAUGUGCAUUCCCCGUAGACAUCUAUAUAUUGGAUACAAAGAUAUGCAAGGAAAAUCUCUUUGCAGGCUAUGUUAACACAAAGAAUAUCAAAUACGAUCCUUUGCCAGGCCAUCGAAAAUUACAAACACAAAAUGUCGCUCCAUAUUUGACGUCUGCUCCCGAACAAGACCACGGAACUAAUAUUGCAGCAUUGAUUCUUGACGAAAUAGACUGUUUAAAGAAGGAGGAUGUUGAGAUUUAUGACAUUCCUAUAGCCUCAAAAAUGUAUAGCGGCCUUGUAGCUGAUCAUCUGCUAGACAUGGCUCUUUGUAAGCUUUGCGAAAAAAUUCAACAGCCUGUUGCAAAAAGUCGACAUAGUGUUCUCGUGUUGUCGUUUUCUAUUGAGUUGAAAAAUGUCAGGUCAAACGAAAAUAAAGCUAUGAUAGCCAAGAUGACGUCAAAAAUACGGGCACUUUUGGAGCGUAAUGUCCAUGUCUUGGUUGCGGCAGGGUCUGAAAAUGUCUCUGCAAAAUAUACAUGGCCUGCAGCCAUAAAAGGAGUUUAUUCAAUUGGUGGCCUUAUGGCAUAUUCCUUUUUACAAAGGAAAACAUUGUUCCGGCAUCACUUUUAUCGAUUAUAUACGCCUUCAAACUAUGAUGCUACUUUUUAUGAUUUGGCCUGCAAUGUUCAAGUAAGAAGAAAUGAAGGAAAAAUAUCGAUAUUUGGAACUUCAUAUGCAAAUGCCAUAGCAGCAGGUAAAAUCGCCGCAAUUCUGGCCACUGUCGAUCAGCCAAUCCACCCAACAGAUACUUUUGAAAAUCUUUUGAGCAAGAUAUUUAUAUUUGAUUUUAACAAUCAACUUCCGAUGCUCCCAUAA